CGGGCACGAAGUAGAGCGUAGGAAAUAAUAAAAACUCGCGCUUGAUCGCCGACCGGCCGGCCGGAGGGACAAAAUCGAUUGUGUGAUGUUGGACCGUAGAAUUUUUUAUCGCAUGAGAACAGCAGAGGAAGGAGAAAAUAAUAUAGAGAGUAGUUGGUGCACACGUCCAGCAACACGCCUCUGCACAUACAUACAUGCUUGACUCGGAGUAAAAAUAUAAAGGUUGCUGGCGGCGUUUUAUUGUCGCGCGAUAAAUAGAAUUUUGAGUUCGAACAGCAAACAUGACUCUUCCAAGCACAUUUGUUGAGGGAUUUCACGACUUGGAUGCCGUGACAAAGAUGAAAUACAAUCCCUUGGGCGAAACAGGUUUACUAGUCUCGCACCUUGGAUUCGGUGGCGGCGGACUUGCAAACUUUUACGAAUCAUUUGAUGAAGAGGAGGCAAUUAGCGUCGUGCGCCAGGCAAUAAAAAGAGGGAUAAAUUACAUUGACACGGCGGCUUAUUAUGGCAAGGACAGGAGCUCGGAAAGAAUUCUUGGAAAGGCACUGAAAGGCGUCCCUAGACAAGCCUAUUACAUUGGCACCAAGGUGGGCAGAUUUUCAGCCGACGUGGCAACUGGUUUCGACUUUUCCUACAAAAGGACAUUAGAGAGCGUCGACGAGAGUCUUCAACUGCUAGGACUUGAAUAUGUGGAUGUCAUCCAGGCCCACGACAUUGAAUUUGCACCUAAUCUCGACAUUGUGGUCAACGAGACCAUUCCAGCCCUGGUGGACAGCGUAAAAGCUGGAAAGGCAAGGUUCAUCGGGGUUACCGGAUACCCCAUUAGCGUGUUGAAAGAGGCCAUUGAACGCAGCCAGAACAAGAUCGACUGUGUCCUUUGCUAUGCCCGCUCCACCCUUCACGAUGACACGCUCCUUGGUUUUUUGCCUUUUUUCCAGGGUCGUAAAAUGGGCAUCAUUUCCGCGGCAGGCACGAGCAUGAGCAUGCUGACCAACAAAGGGCCUUUCCCCUGGCACCCGGCCCACCAGGAAAUUAAGGACGCGUGCUCAAAAGCUGCAGAGAUGUGCAAGAGUCAAGGAGUUGAGCUUGGACGACUGGCGGCGUUUCAUUCAUUGUCAGUUCAAGGCCCGGCCACCCAUUUGCUGGGAAUAAACUGCUCAAAAGUGCUCGAGGACAAUUUAGAUGUUUGUCUGAACGGCUUGACCGAGAGUGAGGAAAAAGUCCUGAAUGAGAUAAAAGAAAAAUGCUUUGCCGGGUUGACAAAAAAGCAUUGGGAAGGUGUCGAAGUGAGUCGAUACAGAGCAGCGUACGAAAAACUCGUCGAAGAGGGCAAAAUCAAAAUCUGAUUCAUGUAAAAUAUUUGCAGUUAACUUAAUUCUGCAAAUGAGUAUUUUCAAUUAAAAAAUAUGUUUUUUAUUAAAUUGAAUUAUAAAUUCUUA